AUGGAAGUAAGAUGGCCUCUGUCAAAAUUUCAAGGAUAGUGAGCUUGAAGGGUUCCCUUUAAUAAUUAGUUUUGAAUUUUCAAUUAUGGUUUCAGUUUAUUUUCGUUUUGAUAUAGGAGACCCUAUAUAUUUUAAAAUUAUAUCAAAUUCUGAUCACUCUAGUUCAUAUUACAUUUUGUAAAGACCGAAUAUUAAGGAAUUUCACGUGGAUUGUGAAGUUCUUGGAGUUUUAUCAAUUGAGAGGCAUCAUCUGUAAUUUUCCAAAGAAAACAACAAAAUUACAGCAGAACUGGGGAGGAUCACUCACAUUGUCAGGUGGCUACUCUGUGACUGUUGAGCCAGGAAUAUGCCUUCGACAUGGGAACUAAACCUCCAUCAGACCUAUCUCCAAGUUGGGUGGAGGAAGAGGCGUCAGGGCCUCAAUUGCGCUCGCACCAGUGUUCAUCGUGCAAGCGUAGCCUGGCUGCUUGUCUGUGUGCUACCCCCUCAACGUCAUCAGGCACCCCCUCACGCCGCUCCCGCCCCAAGAAGAGGUCCCAACAAUCGAAUAGGCCGGUGGAGUCCCCUGGUGGAACUCGCAGACAACUGUUCAAAGAAGCCACCACCGAUAACGUAAAGGACGAGGUGAUAUCAGAAUCUGAGCCCGGACCCAGUGGGAGAGAGGAGGAGACGAGAGCUAGUGAGGAGGGAGAAGAGACUAAACCUCUAGGCAAAACAAGACAUACUUGUCCUCACUGCCCCAAGAGUUUCGGCAGUCCAGGCAAAUUGAGCCAACACUUGUAUGCUCAUACAGGGGAAAGACCAUUUGUAUGUCAACAUUGCAACAAAGCCUUCUCGUCAAGAUUCAAACUUGUGCGUCACACUCUCAUCCACUCGGACCAGCGACAGUACAGAUGUCAUGUUUGCGAACGGACUUUUCAUAGAAAAGAUCAUUUAAAAAAUCAUUCAAAAGUUCAUAGUCUCACAAAAAGGAGAUAUAAAUGUGAUCGUGAAGGCUGUGGCAAGGAGUACAGUUCACCAAUUAGUUACCGUAAACAUGUUGCGGUGCAUGCAGCUGAAGAUGGCAACUUGCAGUGUACAAUUUGUGGUAAAACGUGUUCUACAAAAGAAGAAAUAGUUACACAUUUGAAAAUCCAUGCCGGCUCAAGAACUGUAAAGACACAAGCGGACAGAAAGUAUAGAUGUGAACUUUGUGAUAGAAGCUUUUACACUGGGAAAGAUGUGAGACGCCAUCUAGUCGUUCACACAGGCAAGAGAGACUUUCUCUGCCAGUUCUGUCCUCAGAGGUUUGGUAGGAAGGACCACUUGGUGCGUCACAUCAAGAAGAGUCAUAACCACACAGGAAAGAAAGGGAAGAAGAGGCCAGAACCUAGAACAAAAACUGUGACAGCAAUAAUGGAAGAAGCUUCUACCAGUAGAAUUCAAGAUAUGGUAGAAGAAGUUAAAAGUGAAAGUAGUUCUCCCUUUGGAAUGUUUGAUGAUGAGGAAGACACAAAUUUGCCUUCGACCAGUGGUGAGAUAUUCAAAACCAAGGAUUUGGGUGUGCGUUUCAGUCAAUCGGAAGAGAUGUUGUCAGAAACAAGUGGAAGCAUGAUGUCCGAUAAUGUUUACCAAAGCCCACCUCCUCCCUACCCUUUGUCCGGUCUACCUUCUACAAUGACCUUUGAUCCUGGGACGACCUCCGAGGUGAUUGACAUCAAGCCAGAAGUGAUGUCAGAAUAUAUCACCCUGCUACCACACCAGUUUCAAGGGUCGCUUCCACCAAACUUGCUACUGACCACAGAGGACACCUCUGACCCGCUGUUGAUGCCUUCAGGCCAUUUCAUCGAACCUGUAGAGGAAUCGUCUCUUCACAGACAGUUUCUGCAGAUGCCAAACUACAUUGCUCCGCAAACAAGUCAGAGCUCUUCAUCGGGCAAUGACUUGAUAAUAUCUGAGUUCAUAUCGUCCAGUGAAGCCCCAACCAGCUCUACUCCCCUGCCUCGGUUUAAUCAAGCCUUCCAUCAACCACCGUAAUCUCUCCUAUCCUCUAAAUGUAAUGGAAUCUGAGUUCUUAUAAUCUAAGCUUGUUUCAUUCUCAAUGGACAUUUAAAGGUUUGAAAAGAUCAGUAGUUAUAGCUUGAAUUAUAGUAAACUAAACUUAACAUUAGCAGCCAGUUAAAGAUUACAUUUAAUAUUAAAUCAAAUUGAUCAGAUGAAUGCUUCUCAUUUAACUGUAAAUAUAUGUAUAAAUAACCAUAUAGUAGUGUACAAAAUUAUGGGUACAUUCUAUACUUUAACCCUCUCCUGGAAAUUCGUCACCUGGGAGCCUGGCAUUAAAGUCCCACCGUUGCUCUCUGCUUUGUGCUGCCAUUGUACGAGUAAUUUUGGAAUUGCUAAUGUCCACGUCCAUUGUAUGAUUUUAUGUCUAGGAGUAAUGAAACAUUUUAUCAAUCUCUUCAUUGUAUUAGCCAUUUUUCAUCAAAAUUCCUUCCAACUUCUUUUGCUAUCUUAUGGAAUUAUUCGACCUAUAUGUAACUUCCUGCAGCAACUGUUUUACCAACAUAUUGUUAUGUUGUUUUAACAGUUCUUUGUACAAGACACAGAGGGCACGGCCCAAUCAAUUCUGCCCGGUAUUGAUAGAAGCGUGUCACGAUAAUUUAACAGGGAGAGGGUUAGUAACACAUGGGAAAUAAAAUGUCUAAUUCUUUUAUUUAAAAAAUGGAUGCUAAAUAACAAAACAUAAAUAAAACCUACAGAUAAAGAAAUGUUUUAUUUUCUCAGAUUGGUUAAUCAAAGGGUUAAUGAAUGGUGAAUUCAAAUUUACUUAUCAACAGUUUUAAGAAUUCCUGUAAUUUAGGGAAUACAAAUAGCAAUAUUAUGAAAUUUUGAAUUUAUUGUCUUUUUAUUAAACACAAUAUUGGCAAAGAAUGAAUUUGACAAAUCUAUGAAGAACUUAUCUAUUUCAUCUAAUAUGUUUAUAAACUAUUACAACUAAUAAUUGUUUAUUUUACAAUAUAGUGCAACAAUUAAUUAUAUGCUUUGUUUAAUAUUAUGAGUAAUUAAUUAGUAUUAAAUGUUCAUUUAGAAUGAAACUAUUGUAACAUUUGUAGAAUGACCUAUGAUUUUUAGCUAUAGUGUUGAAUUGAAGCUCAUUUUUUCUCAUUUAAAGUAGUUUUCUUAAUUAACUAUUGUAAUUUUAUUUCGAUAAAUUGUGUUCAAUUUUAAUUUUCAACGUUGCAAACAAUGUAUGUAACUAUAUACAAAUAUUAGUAUUUUAUUAGGUACCCAUUUAGUUAAUUCAAAAUUUAGUUCAAAUUUUUAAUUCUGUUUUACCUGUUAAUUGUGUGUCAACUUCAUUUUACAUAUUAUUUUAUGUAUAUGGUCAUUCUAAUAACAAAACACAACUAAUCUAUAGAAAUCAUAUAUUUUAAGGCCAUCUCCAUUAAAUUUGAAUCUAGUUUUUGGUUUUAUUUAUUUUAAUUUACAUUAGUAUUUAAAAAUAAUAUCAUGGACUAUUUGUCCUCUCUUUCCCAAAAAACAUGUUGCAGUGUGAACUACUUAGUCAUUAUAUUUAUGUUUCUGGACUGUUUAUAUAAAUAAUAAUUAAAUUAUUAUUGUUAUUUAAAAAUUUUUAUUUAUAUAUUGUUGUUAAAAGUAUUUAGAGACUCUAUUUAUCACAGAAGAAUGUAUUUAUGCGAAUACUGAAAUCCAAUCUGUAACGAUUUGAGAUUUUGUUAUUUUAUUCGACGUACGUUAUUUGUAGCCUAACUAUUUGAAAUAUGAACCUAAUUAUAAGAAAUCACUGUUGUGUGAAUGCACAUAAAAUACUAAAUAGGGAAGUUGUAUUUGGACAUUAUUCUUUUUAAUUUUGUUUUAUUUUAAGAUGUAAUUUUUUCAGGCAAAGUGAAUUUUAUCCCAUUUUCAAAUAACUCCAAGAUUUUUGUACAAUUUUGAGUAUCUACAUGUACAAAGAAUGGUGUGAACUGAUAGGACAAUUAUUCUCUUUGUACUUAAAGAAUAAGAAUUUGAUCCAAACAUUCUUUUAUUAUCUCUAUUUAAGUUUGAUAUCUAAGAUCAGAUUGUUGUAGGAUUGUGUUUUCAGAUGUUAUGUUCCUAUAAAAAUUAUUUUGAUCGCCAAUUUUUAAUAAGCAGACCGCAGAUUAAGGUAUUGAAUUUUACUGAUAUUUUAGGGACAGAGUAGUCUACUUGUCACCAAUAUAAUUUGCUUUUUGGAGGCAGUAUUUAUUUUAGCAAGUGACAAAAAAUGAGUGUCAAUUAUUUUAUACUAUUUUACAAAUGGUUUCACUUUUAGGUUUUUAAUGGUCACAAAUCUAAAUCAUUUUUAAAAUGUAUAUAUUUAAAAGUGUUUGUAACUAGUUUGCAGUUUGUUUCUUAGAAGUUACUAAUCGGAUUUGAAUGAACUUCGAUGAACAUUUACAACUUUUGUUAAAAUGCAUUAUUAAAUUAAAUGAAGUAGCAUUGGCCUUGGAAUUAUAAUAAUAAUUAGAAUUUUUCAUAUACAAGGUGUAACAGUAGAUACGUUAAAAUAAUAGUACACACCUCUUUGCAAGAUUCUACACAUGCUUUGGAACUGUAUUUGACCAAAGUUAAAUAACUUUAUUGCCACAAUAAGAAUGAAUUUUUGUAGGCCAUAAACAUGUACAAUACAAACAUGGUUUGUGACAUCUAGUUUCAAAUGUCUUACCCAAAUAAGAGAUAGUUUGGACCAAAUAAAAAUCCUAUGUCAAAAAUAUGGAAUGUAGACACGAAAUCAUUAUAAUCACUAACAGACACACAUUAUGCUAACUUGUAUUAUGAGUUGUUAGGAAAUUCAAACUGAUGCUAGAGAAAAAUUCUAAUCAUCUACAAUUUUCACAUUAAAACAGGCUUCUUGUCGUUUCAGCAUCUCUUCAUCCUCAUUUUCCACUUUCUAAUGUAGUGCACGGAGUAAUUUUCAAUAUUGAUUUUAAUAACCUCCACCGCUGUUACUUUACAGAACUUUCUUGACUUUAACUAACAAAAAGUCAUAGGGAGCUCAACAGAUAAUGAGUAUGAGUGAUCUAAGGCAUGGAUGUUGUGCUUUUCACUCAUUCCUAUGAAUAUUCCUACUAAAAAGACGAUACUCAAAAUUGUGUUAACUGAUUUCAAAAACCAAUCUCUCUAAAAUACCGGAUACCGGGAUAUCCAACCUUCUUGGAAAUUUACCACAAAUCUAUAAAACUAAAGUUUUCAAUUUAACACAUGUUAUAAAUUAAAUGUACAUGUCAUGUGUGUUUUAAUUAUUAAAUAUUUGAUUGUGUGUACACAGUUAGGUGGUUAUAGAUUUGUGUUACAUUUUCAUAAAAAUUAGAUUUAUCAUGGAACAUUAUAGAUAUUGAGCGUUUAAAGAGUCAGAUUAUGUUAAAUUUUAUAACUAAUUCUCUAAAUGAAAUAAACGAUUUGACUCAGAUUCCAUCCCACCCACCAAUCCUCAAAAAAAGUAAAAUUCACUUAGUUCUAAAAUGCUCGGGCAUCAUGUCAGUAAUUUGUUGUACCUUAAUAGUAUAGGAUGGUUACUAAACGAUGAAAUGAUUAACAGUAAUAGUUACCGUAAAGUAAACAGCUUUACCGAGACAUUCCGUAGUGUACGUCGUGCGUUGCCAUGACAAUCAGUUGCCUUUCCAUACAUUCAGGUCCGUAGCGAUUCCAUCAUAGACUUAGAAAUUUCCAUUAGGUUAAUUAGUUUUAAGUGGUAUUUUAAAUACAUCUACCUCAUACAUUGUAAGACUUAAGUUGGAUGCAAAGUUUGACAUCAUCGUCGCACUUGUGUGUUAUAUAUAUGUAAAUGAUAAGAAUGAUGUUCCUACGAUGUUGGAUUGCGUUGUAAGUCAUUAAUGUAGGUCGCGUCGUGUCGGCCUAGUGCCUUAGUUUUAACAAGCAAUAAUAAACGACCAGUCGUGUAGGUAAUUUCAAUGUGUAGUCAAUUCCGCAAGAAACCCUCAUAUAUUUUUUCCUAAACUAAAUUCCUUCUCUUGUUUCCUUUUAGCAUCAAAUCAAAUUUGCUGUUAGUGUGUUUGAACGUUACCAUUAAAAUUACCUUCUGCUAUUGUUUCUCAUAUUUUAUUGUGAAACUUAUUGGCUUAUUGAAUUUUUGAAGAUUUAUUUACAAUUAGUGAGUGAGUUACUCAUUUUUAAUCACAUAAUUUGUAUAAAUUUUGAAAAAGAAAAGUCUUUUCUGCUAUUAUGUUUUUUAUUUCAUAAAAAUAAGACAGUAAGUACCUAAAGAACAUUGUAAGUUAAUUGUAAUAAAUUAGUAUUAUCUUAUAACUUCUGAGUGCCUUAGUCAUGGUGCUUGUGUCUCUUUCUCAACCAUAAAAUUUCUCCCCACAGUAGAACCGUGCUGAGAUACCAACGUAUAGGUCUACAAAGCAAGGCCUUGUUUCUUGUAUCUGUUAUUUUAUCCAAUAGAGUCUAAAUCUAAUUGCUAGCUCUAGUUUAGUUAUUAAGAUCACAGUUUGUGGUGUUUUGUUGGUCAAAUUUUGUUUUAUUACUCAUUCAUGUGUAAACUUUUGAAAAUAAUAUACUAUUUCUUUAAAAUCUUUUACAUAAAUUAUUGCAUAUUUAGCACUCAUAUAACUCUGUUAAACUAUUUCAAUCUAUAUAACAAUUUAUUCAAUGAGGAACUAUAUUAAAAAAUGUUUUUUAGUUUAUAAACUAAAGUAUAAAAUCCAGAUCAUCAAUUUUGCUUUUAGAAUUUUAAGGGUAUUUUGACACUCCAAAUGUUCGACAAUUAACAAAAAGUUAUUGACUUUGGUUGAGUUCUUGUGUAAAUAUCUUAAUACAUAGUUAUACUACUGAGUUUGCACUUUACCAGAUUUUUAAUUUCAAAGAUAACGCUGGAGAUCUGUAAUAAAAUUAUAUUUUAUACAUUUCAGAUAGUUUAACUAUAUGUAAUUUAAUUAUUAUUCUCUAUAUUUGGUAAAAAUACCCUGAGAUUUAUUUAUACUGUUUGUAUGUAAUCUUCAGAAUUAAACUUUUCAUGUGUAAUUUUUUUAACAAGUAUUUACUUAAGAAACAAAUGAGUCCACAUUUUUGCUGAGCGUACACUUCCAUAGACUAAAUUUUCUUACCAUAUUGCAUCAAAUUGGGGCUCAUAAAAUCUAAACUCACCUUCAACAAUAACGCCACAGGCUACACAAGAUCUGUGAUAUACAAUAGGAUAGGCAGAGUUGUCAGUUAACAGUAUCUUCACAUAACACUUCGAUAUUUUGUAUAUUAAUAUUUUUUCACAAAGAACGUACCAAUAGAAGCACAGUUUUGUAAAUAACACUAGAUUGACGUAGUUACCACCUGUAAUUUAUAACCAUGUAUUUUGUUUUGUUAAUGGAGCAGCGUGGACAUGUAAAGUAAAAAAUCUAAUUUUAUGUAUGAUAAUUAUAAUGUUUGAAAAAAAAUGUUCAAUGGUAUACAAUUUUUUUACUUUUAAAUGUUCAUAAGAAGAAUUUGAAGUUUUGCCCUGCUAUUCUCCAAUGUUUAGAUACUUUCAUUCCUCUAUGUCUUGUAACUAACUGACCAAAGCUGUUCAGAAUUUUAUUACGUGAGUGAUAACAGUUUAAUAAAUAUAUCAGUAAAAUUACUUUUGCUGUAGUGUAAUAUUUAUUUUUAUUUAUUUAUUUAUUUUAUUUUAUAUUACCAGUGUCUUAUUAUCACCAAGGAAAACUUGUCAUAGUAAACAAUAUGCCCUAAUAUAGAAAUAUAUUCUUGAAUUCCCUUUCAAAAUUGUUCAAUAAAGUUUAGUAUCAAAUUAGUUAUUCCUCCAGCUAUAAACAGCUGGCCAGUUCAAGGUAACACUUUUAUUUUGAAAAUGAAAAAAAUUAGGGUUGUAUUUUUAAAAUCUAAUGAAUAUGCAUUACAUUUUUACUAUUGUGUUAAUUUCUUAAUAUUUUGAUAAUUUAUUUCUUCCAUGUAUGAAUGAAAUAAUGUUCAGCUGGUUCCAUUUGAUUAUAAUUAUUAAUUGAUUAAUGUAACUUUUUACUAAACAUUUCUCUUAUAGUAAAUAAUAGUGCUGAAAUAUCUGUGUCAAGCUCAAAAUCCAAUUUAAAACUUUUCUUUGAUUGAUAGAUUUGGGUUUGAUUUAAAAUUUAUUUGUUUUUGCUUUCAGUCUGGACAUUUUGUAAUUUUGAUUCAUUUUAGUGAAAUACAUUUUUAUUACAGAGCAACUAAACGAUUGUUUAACCUAUUUUACAUUUUCUAUGAUUGGGCUUGAAAUUGGUAGUUACAUGUAAAACAAAUGUGGUCCAUCUAGUUUUACUAUUCAGUUUGAUCAAUAGGAACAUUGAACUGUACCAUUCACGCUGUUCCAAUCUAUCAGUGCCUUACCUGAGCUGUUUCACCAUACUGUACCUGAUGUCAUCUUGUAAAAUACAAAAUAUAUAGUUACUUACGUAUAGCUUUAAGAAUAGACUAGUAGUAGCUGUAAGGGUUAGAAGCUUGUUGGUUUAUGAAGGUAUAACAUUGGUUUUCCUUCUUUUUUGUUAUGUCAUUGUUCAUGUACACUUUAUUGGUACAACAUUAUCUGACCUACCAUAAUCAAACUAGAUGUUAAUACAGUUUUUAAACAUCUGGUACUAUAUACAACAAGUAUUGUAUAAUUUUUAAACUUGCUUUAAUGUAGUCAGUAAUAUUUUAAUCUUUUUUGAAAAAAUAACAGUAACUUGGGUUAUAACAAAACUACUUAAUAAUUCUUGCACCUUGUUGGAAUGUACCUCCUAUAUUUGUUUUAUACACCAUCAAAUAAUUAAAGAUUUUUUGGUUGAUUUUUGCAUUUUCUGUAGUGGUAUAUUUGUGGGAAAUAUAUAAACAAAACAGAUUACUUUGUAGUGAUGUAAUUAUUGGCUUACAAACUUAUUGAAGUCCUGUUAAAUGACUUAACAUUAAAUAAAAAUGGUUUUCAUUGUUCAAAAACGAUUAAAAACCAAUAUUAUAAAAUAUCUAUUUUCAAUUAUUAUAUUGCACUGAUUAAAAAAAAAAAUAAUUGGGAGAUGAGUGAUUUUCUGAAAUUACAGAAAGGUUUAAGAUUACUAUUGUAUGUUACCUUUUAAUAAAGUCAAAAUUAAAAACACAAUAUGAAAUUAAUACUAAAAUUACUGAUUAUAAAUAACCCAGCAAAAAUCUUGGUUGAACAAAAAAGUAAAAUUAGGAAUAAAGUAAUUCUCUUGUAAUAAGAAGAAUUACUUUACUAAAUUUAAAUUGAUUAUUAAAAAUUGAAAUUCGGGUUGGUACCUAAUUUUAAAACUUUAUCUUAAAUAUUCACAAUAUUCAGCUAUUUCCUUUUUGUUUGUUGUUUGUAGUAGACAGAAAUGAAGUAUAAGUUUGUAUCUAAAAUAUCUCUAGUUAAAAUGUUCUAGAUAAAAGUUUUCCACUGUAAUUUUAAGCUUUCCUAUUUGUUUUAAUAAUGUAAAUUGAGAUUAAUUUAUCUUUAAAUCUGAUCGAUUUAGUCACAUUGUGUAUUAUGAUUAAAAUAAACAGAAUCAAAUUAAAAAUAUACAUUAUGAAAUGGAAUUAUGAGAAUAUACUUAUUGACCAGCAGUUGUAACAUUUUUAUUAUUAUAUUUUCUUAAAUGAAAUAAUAUUAGCAAAUAAGAUUUUACAGACUGUUAUAUAACAUUGUUUUUCUUCUAUUUUCUUUAAACAUUGUUUUUAACCAAAUUCAUUCUGCAACUUAUAUACUAAAAAAAACCAUUUACAAAAUUUUAAAAAAUGGAAGUUUAUACAAUAUUAAAUGAUGUAUUAAUAUCUGAAGGAAAUUGAAGUAUAUAUUUAAAUUAUUUAAAGUGGUUGUUCUUGAGUUGCUGAUGUUGAUAUGAUCAGUCAUAUGUGCCCUACAUCUAUUUCUGUAUGUGGCAUUCUGCUCUCGAUGUUUUUGUGGGAUGCAAAAUAAACAUUUAUGGCCAAAUAAAAUAUUUCAGUUAAACAUU